CCUAUUUAAUCCCGGCGACUGCAGCAGCGCCGGCUCCCUCCCGGUACCCGCCUCGGCCCCGGGCUUGGAAGCCGCUCCGGGGGCGCCCCUUUGGACAGCGACACCGGCUACCCAGAGCCCCCAGCCCCAGUCCCCGGAGAUCCAGGCUCGCCAGCGCCCAGCCAGGGAGGUGGCCAGGAAGCGCGAUGGGCGCCCCUUCCGCCCUGCCUCUGCUCCUGCUCCUCGCCUGCUCCUGGGCGCCCGGCGGGGCCAAUCUUUCCCAGGACGGCUACUGGCAGGAACAGGAUUUGGAGCUGGGAACUCCGGCUCCACUGGAGGAGGCACUCAGCUCCACAGUCUGGAGCAGCCCUGACCUGCUGGCCAGUCAAGAUAGCCAGCCCUGGACAUCUGAUGAAACAGUAGUGGCUGGUGGCACCGUGGUUCUCAAGUGCCAAGUGAAGGACCAUGAAGACUCAUCUUUACAGUGGUCUAACCCUGCCCAGCAGACUCUAUACUUUGGGGAGAAGAGAGCUCUUCGAGAUAAUCGGAUUCAGCUGGUUAGCUCCACUCCCCAGGAACUCAGCAUCAGUAUCAGCAAUGUGGCGCUGGCAGAUGAGGGCGAGUACACAUGCUCCAUCUUCACUAUGCCUGUGCGAACCGCCAAGUCCCUUGUCACAGUGCUCGGAAUCCCACAGAAACCCAUAAUCACCGGUUAUAAGUCAUCGUUGCGGGAAAAGGAGACAGCCACUCUAAAUUGUCAGUCUUCUGGGAGCAAACCUGCAGCCCAGCUCACCUGGAGGAAAGGUGACCAAGAACUCCAUGGGGACCAAACACGAAUCCAGGAAGAUCCCAACGGGAAAACCUUCACUGUGAGCAGUUCAGUGUCAUUCCAGGUUACCCGGGAGGAUGAUGGAGCAAACAUCGUGUGCUCUGUGAACCAUGAAUCUCUGAAGGGAGCUGACAGAUCCACCUCUCAGCGCAUUGAAGUGUUAUACUCACCAACAGCCUUGAUUAGGCCAGAACCUCCUCAUCCUCGUGAAGGCCAGAAGCUGUUGUUACAUUGUGAGGGGCGUGGCAACCCAGUCCCCCAGGAGUACAUGUGGGUAAAGAAAAGCAGCGAGCCACCCAUCAAGAUGACCCAAGAGAGUGCUCUCAUCUUCCCCUUUUUGAACAAGAGUGACAGUGGCACCUAUGGCUGUACAGCCACCAGCAACAUGGGCAGCCAUACAGCCUACUUUACUCUCACUGUCAGCGACCCCAGUCCAGUGCCCUCGUCCUCCAGUACCUACCAUGCCAUCAUUGGAGGGAUUGUGGCUUUCAUUGUCUUCCUGCUGCUCAUCCUGCUCAUUUUUCUUGGACACUAUUUGAUCCGGCACAAAGGAACCUACCUGACACACGAAGCGAAGGGCUCUGACGACGCCCCAGAUGCGGAUACGGCCAUCAUCAACGCAGAAGGCGGACAGUCAGGCGGGGAUGACAAGAAGGAAUAUUUCAUCUAGGGGCACCCACACACCUCCUGCGCCCCCUAGGGGCCCCGUGGGGACUGCUGGGCCGUCACCAACCUGGACUUGUACAGAGCGACCCCAGGGCCGCCCCUCCCGCUUGCUCCCCAGCCCACCCAGCCCCCUGUACAGAAUGUCUGCUUUGGGUGCGGUUUUGUACUCGGUUUGGAAUGGGGGGGGGGCGGGUGGGAGGGGUGGGUCGCCCUCAGCCCCUUUUGUGGCUUCUCUGCGUUUGGGUUAUUAUUAUUUUUGUAACAAUCCCAAAUCAAAUCAGUCUCCAAGGCUGGAGAGGCGGGGGCCGUUGGGGGUAAGGAGAGCAACGAGUCUGCAAUGUUCAGAGGAGGAAGUUGGGGUGAUUAGAAAUGAAUGAGGAGCAGGGCUGGUUUGCGGGUGGGGGCUUAACACGGCCCUCCUUCCAUUUUCACAGCAGAUGUGGCUCCAAGGAACCUGAGAAUGGAAACAGGGGCUAGUGGUGGCUCUUCCUCUGCCGGCCCUGAACUACAGACAGGGAGACGGGUGUCACACUGACACCUUCUCUUCCAUUACAUAAGAAAGAAAUGAGGAGAGUGUUCGAGAUGUGACCUGGAGGUAGCAUGCAGCCACACAGGGACCCAGGGCCUCACCAUGCUCCUCCCAGAGAGAGUAGAUUUCCAGAGAGGGUGGUGGAAAUGGCCCUGUUCACCCAUUGCCCCUACACCGUGAAUGAAGCUAGGCUCCUUUAACAGACUCUGCCCUUCGGGGACAGUAGAGUUCAGUUUUCUCUCCCAGCUCCAGCAGCUGUGGAAGAGGCAGCGGUGGACCUGAACAUCAUCGUCUGCUGCACCCACCUCGGAGGGGCCCCUCACUCUUACCCAAGCCCCUGGACUGUUGCACGGCAACCGCUCCUCUUAUGGCAUUGCUCGGCAACUCCUCCUCCAACCCUGUGUCACCCCGUGCCCUCUCCGGUUCCCUGUGCCAGCCUUCCUCGGUCCCUCCGCCCUCAGCAGCCAGGCAGACAUGACAACAAAAUUACUAAAAGGAGCUUCGCUGCAGUGAGCUGUUUCCUGCC